AUGAGCGCAGCCGUCAUCAAGGAGAUCGCGGGCUGUCUCCAGCGCAAGCAGAGCGACCGGCUGGCGCAGAUCCUCUCGGCGUCCUUCGAUUUGACCGUCAAUGAGACCGACAUCGCGCUCACGGGCCAGUGCCAAGCGGCCUUCACGGGCGGCUUGCAGGCGUACGCCAAGGUCAUGGCCGCGCUCUUCAAGUCCAAGCGGCAUGCGCAGAACGGCCGGUUCCAGCAAGCGUACGACGAGCACAUUGCUGGCUACACCGAUUUUCUCGACAUUUACCGCGAAGAGACCAACUGGAUCAUGCCCGUGCUGCACACGCUCGUGUACGAUGCGCGCAUGCUCGCACUGAAAGCGGACCUCGAGAUCUCGAACGAGCGCGGCAACCAAGUCCAGGACACGCUGCGAAACGCCGAGCAAAACAUCAAGCGCGCGUUCUCCAUGUCGAGCAACGACCGCGCGUCGCCCGAGCUGAGCAAGAAGCCCGGCACGCUCUACGUCGUGAACCAGCUCUUCAAGAUCUACUUCCAGCUCAACACGAUCCCGCUCUGCCGCAACCUCAUCCGCGCGAUCGACCUCAUGGACUUCAACCGGUUCGAGAAGCGCGACCAAGUGACGUACAUGUUUUACGUCGGCCGCAUCAACAUGUUUGAAGACAACUACGUCAAGGCCGAGACGUGCCUCAUGUACGCGUGGCAGCACUGCCACAAGCAGUACAGCCGCAACAAGCGCAUGAUUCUGCAAUUCCUCGUGCCCAUCAAGCUCAGCUCUGGCACCAUGCCGUCGCCGCAGCUCCUGGACGACUAUGCGCUCGACGAGUACAAGGGCAUUGCCGACGCGAUUCGCGUUGGCAACGUCGCGCUCUUCAACCAGUCGAUGGCGCAAUACCAAGACAAGUUUAUCCAGCGCGGUGUCUACCUCCUCAUGGAGAAGCUCAAGCCCUUCGUCAUGCGCAACCUCUUCAAGAAGGUGUACCUUGUCCGCGAGAAACACAACCACGUCAAGCUCACCGACCUCCAGAACGCGAUCGCGUACCUCAACAUGUCGGAGAUCGACAUGGACGCGCUCGAGUGUCUUCUCGCCAACCUCAUUUUCAAAAACUACAUCAAGGGCUACAUCUCACACCGCCUCAAGGUGCUCGUGCUCUCGAAAGUGACGCCGUUCCCGCCCAUCACUGACGUGAAAAACUAA